GCCGUUUUGAGGUAGCCAGUCAACCGUCACGUGAGACCGCAGUAACGUGACUCUCAUGAACGGGAAAUGGGGAACAACAGAACAUAACUUGUCUGAAGCUCACGAGCACGUCCCAUACUUUGUCCCGUUGUUCCCACGGUACCCGGGCCGAACCUCCCCGAGCAGAACCGUUAGGACGUAGAGAGGGUCUCCGGGAGCACUCUGCAUUAACUGGCUUCCAGGUGGCGAUGGGGUCCAUCUUUCGGAGCGAGGAGGUGUGCCUGGUGCAGCUCUUCCUCCAGUCUGGUUCAGCCUACAAUUGUGUCAGUGAGCUGGGAGAGCUGGGCCUGGUGGAGUUUAGAGAUUUGAAUCCUAACGUGAACGCCUUCCAAAGGAAGUUUGUCAGCGAGGUCAGACGAUGUGAGGAGCUGGAGAAGACUUUUAACUUCCUGGAGCAGGAGAUCAGUCGCUCCUUGUCUCCACCCCUAAAAGGUCCCCUUCGUCCUCCGUCCCCAAUGCCCCCGGCUCCUCAGCCUCGUGAACUCAUCACCAUAGAGGAGGAGAGCGAGAGGCUGGCCAGAGAGCUCAAAGAGGUGUCUAGAAACAGAGACAGCCUUCUGACUCAGCUCAACCAUCUCCAUCAGUACCAAGGAGUCCUGACCAAAACACACUCGCUCACAGCUACACAGGCACCGCCUCCGGUCCUGGAAAACCACGGCCUGUUUGAUAACCGCCAAGAUAUCCGCCUCAGCUUCGUAGCAGGAGUGGUCCAUCCAUGGAAGGUUCCCUCGUUUGAACGGUUGCUAUGGCGAGCGUGUCGUGGUUACAUCAUUGUGGACUUCAGAGAAAUGGAGGAACCACUUGAGCAUCCGGACACGGGGGAAAUGGUGCAGUGGACCGUGUUCCUCAUUUCCUUCUGGGGCGAUCAGAUGGGACAGAAAGUCAAGAAGAUUUGCGACUGCUUCCACACUCAGACAUUUGCUUACCCCGAGACCACGGCAGAGAGAGAGGAGAUUCUGCAGGGGCUUCAAGGCAGAAUAGAAGACAUCAAAUCUGUGUUGCGUCAGACUGAAACGUACCUGCAGCAGCUGCUGGUUCGAGCAGUGGCCAUCCUGCCCGAGUGGAAGGUUAAGGUCCAGAAGUGCAAGGCCAUCCAGAUGGUUCUAAACCUCUGCAGCCCGUCUGUGACCGACAAGUGCCUGAUCGCAGAGGCCUGGUGUCCCACUGGCAAGCUGCCCGAGCUGCAGAGCGCCCUCAGAGAGGGAGGGAGGAAGAGCGGCAGCGGCGUCGACUCUUUCUACAACCGCCUGCCGUCCUCCACCCCCCCGCCCACUCUGUUCCCACUCAACUCUUUCACGGCUGGUUUCCAGAACAUCGUCGACGCUUACGGCGUGGCCAGCUACCGCGAGGUCAAUCCAGCGCUCUACACCAUAAUCACAUUCCCCUUCCUGUUCGCGGUGAUGUUCGGGGACGUGGGUCAUGGUCUGCUGAUGUCUUUGGCUGCCCUCUGGAUGGUUCUUGAGGAGAAAGACCCCAAACUCAAAAACAACACAAAUGAGAUCUGGAGGAUGAUGUUUGGAGGACGGUAUCUGAUUCUGCUGAUGGGGCUGUUCUCCAUCUACACGGGUGCCAUCUACAACGAGUGCUUCAGCAGAGGCAUCACCACCUUCAACUCGGCUUGGAGCGUCGGCCCCAUGUUUGAGAACAACAUCUGGAACUCCUCGGUGUUGGGAGGGAACCAGGAUCUGUCCAUGGAUCCGAACGUAACUGGGGUUUUUUCCAGCCCCUAUCCGUUUGGGAUUGACCCCGUCUGGAGUCUGGCCACAAACAAGCUAACCUUCCUCAACUCCUACAAGAUGAAGAUGUCGGUCAUCAUCGGCAUCAUUCACAUGACAUUUGGGGUCUGCUUGUCAUUCUUCAACUACUGGCACUUUGGUCAGAUCAGCAGUGUGUUCUUGGUGCUGAUCCCAGAACUGCUCUUCAUGCUGUGUCUGUUCGGUUACCUCGUCUUCAUGGUGGUCUUCAAAUGGAUCGUCUACACUCCUGCAAGGUCCAGAGAGGCGCCCAGUAUUCUGAUCCACUUCAUAGACAUGUUCCUGUUCAUGACCAACGCCGACAACCCUCAGCUGUAUGAGGGUCAGCUUGUGGUGCAGAAGGUCCUGGUGGUGGUGGCUCUGUGCUCAGUCCCUGUCCUCCUGCUGGGAAAGCCGUCAUACAAAUACGCCAUGUUCAAGAUGAGACCAGUCCAAGUGGAGGAAGACAGGCGCCCUCUGGUGGCAGACGAAGGCUCUGUAAACGCCCGUCAGGGGGACGUGGAGGGAGGAGACGCUGAGGAAGAGGAGUUCGAUGCUGCAGAUGUGUUCAUGCAUCAGGCCAUCCACACCAUAGAGUACUGCCUGGGCUGCGUCUCCAACACGGCCUCCUAUCUACGACUCUGGGCCCUCAGUUUGGCUCAUGCUCAGCUCUCAGAGGUGCUGUGGGGGAUGGUCUUGCGUCUGGCGCUGAGGUGGAAGGGCUACGUGGGCUCUGCAGUGCUUUUCGUUAUUUUCUUUUUCUUUGCAGUUUUGACCGUCUCCAUCCUCCUGAUCAUGGAGGGACUCUCGGCUUUUCUGCACGCGCUCCGUCUGCACUGGGUGGAGUUUCAGAAUAAGUUCUACAGCGGGACGGGCUACAAACUCAACCCAUUCUCCUUCGUAGCUCUGAUGAACGCUCCUGCUCCUGUUUGAUCCACCAAAUCAUCACCAAGCUGUUAAUUAAUCUGUUUACCUUCAUCCUAACAAUGAUCUGUUGCCUGGAAACCACAAAAUGGUUCAAUUAACUUGCACAAUAAUCGUGAUGGAUGACUGUUAUUUUUGCAUCAGUGGAGUGAAAACGUGACCCUGUGCUAGAUGAUGACAUCAUGGUAGGAAAAUAAUAAUUUUGUAAUGCAUUUGUAAUUUUUUACUCUGAAUUGUGUAAUUGUUUUUUCCAAAUGCUUUUUAGUGUUUGGGGAAGUAUUUGGUAAUUAUCUGAUUUUUACUGUACGAACACGUAUUAUAGUCAAAUUAUGAAAAGGGAAAAGCACCUCUAAUAACGGUUUUUAGGUGUUUAAGGGAAUGAGACUUGGUGAAUGUUAAACUCAUCCUGUUUAAUUGUUAAUAUAAGAACAAUUUAAGUAAUUUCUAAGAGCCAAAGACCCCCACCCCCCCAUUUUAAUGUCUUCCAAACACACCACAGGUAUUUAUUCCUAGUUUAAUGUUUUACUAGUGCCUUAUUGGGAUUAUUUAAGGCAGUGUGUAUUUUGGACAAGAUUCUAACUGCUGUUGUUCCACUAAUAUUUUUACAAAACCACCUUAAACAUUUCUUUUUGUCACUUGAUGCUUUAAAUUUGAUUACAUUUUGAAUAAACAAGAUUUUCUUUCCA